GCUGACAGAAACCGGGGAGCUUGCUGUGGAAAGGUUAGCAGAGGGGCUCGAGAUGCUCGAGGGUGUCGGCUGUGACAAGGAGUGGAUCCAUGAAAUUCUCCGAGACCAGUUCAAUGGGAGGUCAUUCCUGGACCGCUCUGACUUCUACGACUUUGUGAACAUGUACCGCAACCAACGGUUCACAUUCAUGCGGAAGAUCUUCAGCGAGGUGGAUCAAGAUCACUCUCAAAGCGUGUCCCUCCAGGAAGUCGUGCAGCUACUGGGGCGCAGGGGCAUCACGCCCGUCCUGAGCUGUGUGGAGCGGAUCUUCCGGGAAGUCACAGGCGAGAGUGGGCUGCGAGAUUUGACGUUCGAGGAGUUUGUGAAGAUCUACGAUGUGGUUCAAGCCCGAGCUGGCUUCUCCGAGUAUGACCUUGUGAGGCUGAAGAAAGUCUGGAGCCGAUAUGACCGCGAUGGCAACCAGCUCCUCUCC